AUGAUGUUCGACGAGUUGGCUGAUUUAGACGGAGAAAGAUUGGCCGCAGUCGAAAUGAUGAUCCGGCAAAAGGAGCGUGUAGCCAAGGUAUACAAUAGGAAGGUAAGGGAAAAAACCUUUGCUGAUAAUGAUUAUGUUUGGAAAGUAAUCUUGCCUAUGGAUCAUCGAGAUCGAACCCUAAGUAAAUGGUCACCAAAGUGGGAAGGACCAUUUCAAGUAACUCGAACGUACAGUAACAAUGCGUGUGAAAUCAAAGAACUUAGUGGGGAUCAAAAGGUAUUGAGAAUAAAUGGAAAGUACUUGAAGAAAUAUAAACAUAUGCUACAAGAGAUAAAUAUCCAAACGUAA